GGUCACCGGAGCCGUGCGGGCUGUCAGCGGCGCAUUCACGCACCUGUCAGAGCGACACUCGGCUAAACGUCCGGCUCUACCGUACUUUCUGGUCUUUUCUAUUAUGGCCGACCUUUUGCAGUACAAUGACUCCGCUGGAGUUGGGAACCGUUUCGCCCGUAAAGGUGCUUUGCGGCAGAAAAACGUCCACGAAGUGAAAAACCACAAAUUUAUCGCGCGGUUUUUCAAGCAGCCGACGUUCUGCAGCCACUGCACAGACUUCAUAUGGGGAUUUGGCAAACAAGGAUUUCAAUGCCAAGUGUGCUGUUUUGUGGUUCACAAGCGGUGCCAUGAGUUUGUCAGCUUCUCCUGUCCUGGAGCCGACAAGGGUCCCGACUCAGACGACCCCAGAAGCAAGCACAAGUUUAAAAUCCACACCUACGGCAGUCCCACUUUCUGCGACCACUGCGGUUCGCUGCUCUACGGGCUCAUCCACCAAGGGAUGAAAUGUGACACCUGUGACAUGAAUGUGCACAAGCAGUGUGUGGUCAACGUGCCGUGCCUUUGUGGGAUGGACCACACAGAGCGCCGGGGCCGCCUCUUCCUCAAGAUCAGCGUCAGUGGCGACAGGCUACAUGUGACAGUGGGCGAAGCCAGAAACCUCAUUCCGAUGGAUCCAAAUGGAUUGUCAGACCCUUAUGUUAAACUCAAACUCAUCCCAGAUCCAAAAAAUGAGACCAAACAGAAGACCAGAACCAUCCGUUCCUCUCUCAACCCCUGCUGGAAUGAGUCAUUUUACUUUAAGCUAAAAGCAUCGGACAAGGAUCGCCGUCUGUCCAUCGAGAUUUGGGACUGGGACAGAACCACUCGGAAUGACUUCAUGGGCUCCAUGUCAUUUGGUGUGUCUGAGCUGAUCAAAGCUUCAACAUGUGGAUGGUAUAAGCUGCUGAACCAAGAAGAGGGUGAGUAUUACAGUGUGCCCAUUCCUGAGGAGGACAGUGUGGACCUGGAGCUUCGAGAGAAGUUUGAGGCCUGCCAGUUAAAUAUCCACAGCCUGAAGAAAGCCAAGAUGGGUCAUGGUAAAAAAGUGAUCACACCAUCAGACCACCGGAAGUUCAGCCUGCCUUCUGGUAACAUGGAUCGGGUCCGACUCAACGACUUCAACUUCCUGGCCCUGCUGGGGAAGGGCAGCUUUGGCAAGGUAAUGUUGGCAGAGAAGAAGUCAACGGAGGAGCUGUACGCCAUCAAGAUCCUGAAGAAAGAUGUAGUGAUUCAGGAUGACGAUGUUGAAUGCACAAUGGUGGAGAAGAGAGUGUUGGCUCAGAGAGACAAACCGCCGUUCCUCACGCAGCUCCACUCCUGCUUUCAGACUGUGGAUCGGCUGUACUUUGUAAUGGAGUACAUCAAUGGAGGAGACCUCAUGUAUCACAUUCAGCGUAUGGGCAAGUUCAAAGAGCCUCAGGCAGUGUUUUAUGCUGCAGAGAUCGCUGUGGGUCUGUUUUUCUUGCACCGAAAAGGCAUAAUCUACAGAGACCUCAAACUCGACAACGUCAUGCUGGACUCAGAGGGCCACAUCAAAAUUGCUGACUUUGGCAUGUGUAAAGAGAACAUCUAUGAAGGCAUGACAACACGGACCUUCUGCGGUACGCCAGACUACAUCGCACCCGAGAUCAUAGCAUACCACCCCUAUGGAAAAUCAGUGGACUGGUGGGCUUAUGGAGUUCUUCUAUAUGAGAUGCUGGCAGGACAGCCACCGUUUGACGGAGAAGACGAGGACGAGCUCUUCCAGUCCAUCAUGGAGCACAAUGUGUCCUAUCCGAAGUCCAUGUCCAAAGAAUCUGUAUCCAUCUGCAAAGGACUGAUGACCAAACACCCGAUGAAGCGUCUUGGCUGUGGUCCGGAGGGCGAGCAGGACAUCAAAGAGCAGGCCUUCUUCAGACGCAUCGACUGGCACCGACUCGCCAACAGAGAGAUCCAGCCACCAUUCAAGCCCAGAGUGUGCGGCAAAGCAGCAGAAAACUUUGACAAGUUUUUCACUCGUACCCAACCUAUCCUGACACCUCCUGACCAGCUGGUCAUCGCCAACAUUGACCAGAACGAGUUUGCAGGCUUCUCCUACAUCAACCCACAGUUCAGCUACCUGACCAUGCACAGCGUUGUAUGAGAAGCGAGACACGUAAAAAAAUGGACUAUCGUCAACUACAAGAUCCUUCCAGAAGAGUCAUAUCAACUUCUACUGUGUUCUGUCAACUUUGUGUCCAUAUGGUGAAGCACAUGGGACGAAGGGGAGUAAGUGCAUGAAGUCAUCAUGCGUGUGGGUGUAUUAGUCCAAUCUGAAGGCUACAGUAAGUGACAGAUGAUUGAUGUUUAACAACUAAUUUAACCCAGUGAUGUCCAGAAACCUGAUACAGAGCUCCAGGAUUUUGUCCCACAGCCCU